CAAAGUUGAAACUGAGUCUUCCUACUGAGAAUUUUUCAUUUUUGGAAUUCACAGCCUUUUCAAUUCACCAAGAACUAAUUUCAAUCUCCCUGUUUCUUUAUUUCUUCGAAUUCUCUUCGUUCCUUUCAGAUUUUGAACGUUGCUCGAAUUCCUUCCGGUUUUGAAGAUGUUGAUGGAUAAAGGAACUGAAAAUUUGUGCCUGUUGCUUUUUUCUGUGUCUGGAUUUCCUGAUUCUAGGGUUUGAAGGUAUGCAGUCAAAGUCAGAAACCAAUAAUCAGCUCCAAUCUGAUCCAAAUGGUGCUCCAUCCACGACUAUCUAUUAUGAACCCUGGUGCAGUUCUAUGGGGUACAGUCCUUUUCCGUUACCUGUGGUUGGGGGAAAUGCUUCCAGUUCGACUUCUCUUGAAUUCCCUAAUGGUGGUUCAGAGUCAAAUGAUGGCCAGUCUGUGUCUAAUAAUGAUGUAAACGAUGAAGAAGAUGAUGUUUCCAAAGAAGUGCAAGCUACUGGAUCUCCUCAUUCUGCGGGAAGCUACAGACAGGAUGCUCAGAAGAUGCAGCAUGUCUCAUCCAAUUUGCCAGCUAUGCACGGUGAAUGUCUGACACAGUCGACACAACUUGAACUUGUUGGUCACUCUAUUGCUUGUGCAUCAAAUCCCUAUCAGGAUCCAUAUUAUGGGGGAAUGAUGGCUUUCUAUGGUCAUCAGCCCGUGGGCUAUCCUAUGGUCGGAGCGCCACAUGCUAGAAUGCCAUUGCCCAUUGAGAUAGCACAAGACCCCGUUUUCGUGAAUGCAAAGCAAUACCAAGGAAUUUUGAGGCGAAGGCAAGCGCGUGCAAAAGCCGAGGCUGAAAAGAAGUUGAUAAAAGCUAGAAAGCCAUACCUUCACGAGUCUAGACACCAGCAUGCCAUAAGAAGGUCGAGGAGCAGUGGAGGGCGUUUUGCCAAGAAAAAUGAAGCGGAUGGAAAGGAGAGUUCUGAACAGCAGCACGGAAGCUCCUUGACAAUCAAGGCCUCUGAGUAGCAACCUGCACCAGCCACUGGAGGUGAACGCCAAGACAAUGACCAAAAUUGAAUUGGGGGGACGAGCAGGGGAGGGGGGAUCGAUCGCUUGUUCGUGCUUUGUUCGUUGAAGUAUUACUGCGUUCCUGGCAAGCGCGCUAGGCGGCAAAUCAUUCUUGGCUUUGUUCUGUUGUUGUUCUGAAGGGGUGAUAAAAGAAAGAAUGUGGAAUGAUAUGUGUGACUCGCAGGAUUUGAUGACUUCAAAGGAUUAGUUGAAAAUCCAAGAGCUCUCUUCAUUCCACUCUUCUUCUUCCACUCUUGCCUUUUUGUACAGAGUUUGUGGGAACUUUGACCUCUUGUAUUGUAUAGUAAAGUGAAACUAAAUGAAUCUCAAGGCUUAGGAAACUUAUAGAUUGUUAUUCACAAAGCUUACGCUUUAAAGAUUUUAGUUUUUAA